AUGGAUGCCAAGAUACUCAAUCUCACGGUCCGUGACAAGGCGGGACAUGACUACCACAUCUUCUACCCUAUCGAAAGCAAUUUUCGUAGCUCCUCUUCUACACUCAUCAAUGGACGCACCAUUGCCGUCUUCCACCCCGAGCACCAGAACAUCAUGCACGUCGCCAAUGAUCAGACAACCAGCCGGUUUGAGGGCGUCGUUAUCGGCGAAAGCACCAGAUUUCGCGUAAGGUCUCCCAGUAGAGCGAUAUUCAAUGGCGUUCUGGAGACCUGA